AUGGCGACCUUCUACUCGAGUUUCUUCUCCUCUGGUCUCGCCUCACUACCUCACGAACAUGCGCCUCUGUCAUCGUCGCCCUCAACACCUCGUCAGUCUCAGGCCACACUUGCCGAAUCCGACGUAUUCGCACCAGAUCCUGAUACGACACCAACCGCCAAUGAGUUCUCUUCACAUCGGUCUCCUCCAGGCGACGUUCUACCGUCCGUGCCAGCUGAACGCACGAAUGACACGCGUCCCACACUUCGUAGACGACGGUCCUCGUUGAGCUCGGCCACUUCGCCGCUCUCAUCUAUCAAGACAGGCACUGCUCCACGUGCCGCUCGGCAAUCUCUGUUCGUGGCUCGAGCACGGUCAGGUAGCGAUGCCAGUGGACACUUGCGUGGGGAAAACGCGACAGAACGCAACAGCCUCGUUGGUAGGAUGCGUAGCGGCAGCGUUGGCGGUGCGGCAAUGCGCGGCUUACGCCGUAUGUCACGGAAACCCGCGCCACCGCUUCCUGCGCCCCCGCCGACGGCCCCACUUCCUGCACCGCCGUCGCGUGUAAAUGGUAGUGUACCCUCCAUAUUUCCGUUGCCUUCUAUCGCAACGCCUCAAGCGCCCUGCACUCCGCCCCAGCGGCGCCCACUAGCGCGGCGCGCGCACACAACAGACAAUACGAAUCUCCAUGGUACCCUUUUGUCACCUAUGCGUACACCGUAUCUCACGCCGGACGAGGAAAUGGAGUAUGCAAUGCCGUCGAGUCCCGGGUACGAGCCUGCCAUUGCGCGGUGCGGUCGGGAGAACCAGUUUGGCAUGCAAGUCGAUUAUCCAAGCCCUGUGGACGGUGAUCGCGAGUUCAACUGGGACAGAAAUGACAGCAUGAAAGAGAAUUGA